UAUUUGUCGGCGCAGGACUCUGCUGCACGUGCAUUUGUUUGUACACAAUUUUUUGAAUGAAAUUGUGCAUAUUUUUCUAGAAAUUUUAAUUGUGGCAAUUUAAUUAACAAAAUGGUAUUCUUUACCUGCAAUAAUUGUGGUGAAUCUGUUAAAAAACCCUCGGUAGAAAAACAUUACAAUACACGAUGCCGUAAUAAUCCUAAAAAUGUAUCCUGUAUGGACUGUCAAAAAGAUUUCCAUGGUGAGGAAUAUGUAGCUCACACCAAAUGUAUUUCGGAGGCGGAAAAGUAUUCUGGCAAAAAUUAUGUAGCCAAAGAAAAACAAAAUAGUGGUCAAAAGAAGCAAGAAACCUGGAUGGACAUAGUGCGUUCUAUUUUGGAAUCUACAGAAUAUCAAUUAUCAGCACAAACCCGCAAUAUAUUUCAACGGCUGCAAAACUAUGAUAAUGUGCCGCGCAAGAAAGCUAAAUUCCAAAAUUUUGUGGCAAAUUGUUUAAGAAUACCCAGUAAUCAAGCUCAACCAGUGUGGGAGGUUUUAGAGAAAGAAUUGGAAAAUAUGAAAAAGAUCAAGCAGGAGGAGAUGGCUGCUGCCAAGGCGGCUAUUGAGGAGUCGAAGAAAGCCAAGCAAGUAGGGGCCAAUCAAAAUGGUGUUAAACGUCAAGCUGAAGAAACCGAUGUCGUAGAAGAGAAGCCAGAAAAGAAAAAGAAGAAAAAAGAUAAUGAAACCGAGCAAAUGAAAGAGAAUGGUGCUCUAGAAGAAGAGGAAGCAUUCCAAUGGUCUACGGUAUUGGAAAAGAUUGUAGCCAAACACUCGGAAGGUAUAGCUCUGGAUAAACUGAAAAAGAAAUUAUUGAAGAAAUACAAAAGCAAAUUGAAUCUAGAGGAGUUAACGGAAAAACAACAAAAGAAAUUUGAAAAGAAAUUCUCCAAGACUUUGAAAAAAUGCCCAGCUAUACAGAUGGAAGCUGAAAUAGCUAAGCCCUGCUGAAACUAACAAAAUAAUAGAACUAUUUUUAAGUAAUUUAAGAUUUUAGUAUAAUUAUUAUAUUUUUCUAAAUAUAUUGCAAAAAAAAA